UUGCGGCAGCGGAGCACAGCACAGCGAGGAUGACGCUCCUGCAGUGCGGCAUGUGUCCUGUGUGUCUGUGUAGCUACGAGUGUAUAGCUUCGACAGGCGCUUCCCAGUCGGUACGCCUCGCUCUCGCUCACAAUCCACAGCGCUCAUCUAUCAUAAUAACAGCGGUGAUCAUGGCAAGCGGGAUGCUGAGCGGAAAGCUAGCGAUUGUCACAGGCGCGGGUAGUGGCAUCGGUCGCGCGGCUGCUGCCUUGCUCGCCAGAGAAGGAGCCAAGGUCAUUGCUGCCGACCAGAAUGUCAGGGCCGCCGAGGAUACAGUCAGCCAGCUGCAAGGUUUGGAGCAUAUUUCGGUUGGAAUAGACGUCAAAAGCAAAGAAAGCAUCGAAGAAGCAUUUAACACUGUGAAAAGGCAUUUUUUGGUACCACCAAGUCUAGUUGUAAACUCUGCUGGGAUUACAAGGGACAAUUUUCUUUUAAAAUUAAGCGAAGAAGAUUUUAAUGAGGUGCUCAAUGUAAACCUGAAAGGAACAUUUCUAGUAACGCAAUAUGCAGCCAAGGUAAUGUUAGCUGCAGCAAUUGGUGAGGGAGGUUCUAUAGUUAAUGUUGCUUCAAUUAUUGGUAAAACUGGAAAUAUUGGUCAAAGCAAUUAUGCUGCGUCUAAAGCAGGUGUCGAGGCGCUCACUAAGUCUGCAGCCAUGGAAUUUGGACAAUUUGGUAUUAGAGUGAAUGCUGUACUACCAGGUUUUAUAGAAACUCCUAUGACACAGACUGUGCCAGACAAAGUUAAACAAAUGUUCAUUGAAAGAAUCCCAUUGAAACGAAUGGGAAAAGCACAUGAAGUAGCAGAAGUAAUUUUGUUUUUAACUUCUACCAAGAGUUCUUACAUCAAUGGGGCUUCAAUUGAUGUGACUGGAGGAAUGCAUUAA